GUGUGUGUGUGUGUGUGUGUGUGUGUGUGAGAGAGAGAGAGAGAGCGAGCGAGCGAGCGCGAGCAGCGCAUUAACGAGACUCUGUAGUUGGAUCGCCCAGGAUGUGGGGCGCAGGGUCUCAUUCUGCUCGGAACCCUGUUGAUGGAAAUACAUUUUGGGGGAACGAUCUGUCAGAAAGUCGGUCGUUGUUAUUCGCUGAAUGCGGACGUUAGAGGUGAUUAUGGCUUGAUUAGUGUUUAAAACGUUGCAAUUCAUUCGCCCCCGCUUUUCGGGCUCCAUGAAGCGGAUUUCUCUUUUCAUUCCGCCUGGAUAGAGCAAAGCAUUGAAACAUAGUCAAGAUGGCAGCUGUACUUAGAGAUUAUGUUACGAGUGCAUUGGCUUGCUCGGGGUCUCUGCAGUGUUACUUUUGAAUUGUGGCAGCUGAUGUCAAUGAAAACGUUAUUCGUGUGCAAUUCGCUCUCAGGCGCUCGCUGGGAUUCUCGCUGCACCCUUGUGCUACUGCAUAGAGCGCUUUUAACGUGGAAUUGUGCAGAAUGAAAAGCAGAUCGCUCCAUCUCUCAGCAGGACACGUGGAGAUUAGUUAGAGGGUUGUGGGGAAGGUUUUUAUAUCCACUGGUGCAACAAAACUAACAUACAAGCUAAUGCACUGAAGUGCAACUUCUGCUUUGGUGAUCCGUCCGGAGUUUGAAAAUGAGCACGUCGUGCACCAGUUUUGGUUUCCUCCAAGAGCCAAACGCGAAGUUAGAAGCGUCCUGCGCGGAAAUACUCGCUUAGAAAUCCGUCCAUUGAUGGAAUGCGGGACCGCGGCGGAACUGUGUCAAAGAACAUAAGCGAACAAAGAGUUCACCGAAGGAAACAUGGCACAGGCUAGUGGCGAGGAGAACCAACCUCCCACAGGAGACGUUGAUAUAGACCCGGACUUCGAGCCUCAGAAAAGGCCAAGGUCCUGCACAUGGCCUUUGCCUCGACCGGAGAGCAGCACUGGGAAGCCCGAGCCGACUGAAGACAUUAUUCCCGAGGAGGAGGACGACGAGAGCGGUGCUGAUGGCCGUGUGGACUCCACCAACAAACACACAGGAGCGCAAAUAGGCUACACACGAGACAACCAAAACCAGUGUGAUCCUCCUGGUCCAGCAUUAAAUACAACUGGUAAUGACAAAGACAGUGAUGGUUCUCGUUCUCCCAGCACCUCCCAGCCGCUGGCCUCUGCAGCGCCUGACUCGGGCAUUACUACUCUUACACUCCAGCAGCCCAGGAAAUCAUCUGCACGCAGAAAUGCAUGGGGAAAUUACUCCUAUGCUGAUUUAAUCACCCAGGCCAUCGAGAGCUCCCCAGAGAAAAGGCUGACUUUGGCCCAGAUCUAUGACUGGAUGGUCAGAUCUGUGCCAUACUUCAAGGACAAAGGUGACAGCAACAGCUCUGCGGGCUGGAAGAACUCUAUACGACACAACCUGUCUCUCCACAGUCGGUUUGUCAGAGUGCAAAAUGAAGGAACAGGCAAGAGUUCAUGGUGGAUGGUCAAUCCAGAUGGUGGGAAAGGUGGCAAAGUACCUCGAAGACGUGCUGUUUCCAUGGACAACAGCAACAAGCUAAUAAAGAGUGCUCGUGGUCGUGCUGCAAAAAAGAAAGCUGCUCUCCAGGCUGCUCAGGAUGGAAGCUCAGAGAGCACCUCCAGUCUGUCCAAAUGGACUGGCAGUCCCACCUCCCGCAGCAGUGAUGAGCUAGAUGCCUGGACAGACUUCCGUUCCCGCACUAAUUCCAAUGCCAGCACCAUAAGUGGCCGACUGUCUCCUAUCUUGGCCAACUUGGAAGUGGAUGAGCUUGCUGAUGAUGACUCUCCUCUCUCUCCCAUGUUGUACUCAAGUCCCAGUAGCAUGUCUCCUUCCACUGGCUUGACUGAGCUGCCGCGCCUUGCUGACCUUGCAGGUACUAUGAAUCUCAAUGAUGGCCUCUCGGACAACCUGAUGGAUGACUUGCUUGAUAACAUCAGUUUAACAGUGUCACAGUCUCCAGGCCAAGAUGAUAACAGUGCCAGUGAACAAGGAAGCCCCGUGUUUACCUUCAGCUGCUCUGGCAGCAGUCUUGGGGUUCCUAACUCCAUGUUUAGCCCAUUGUCUGUCACCAGCCUGCGCCAGUCCCCCAUGCAAACCAUUCAGGAGAACUCGCAGGCCACCUUUACUUGUGGUUCCCACUUUGGGAAGCAGAGUUUACAGGAUAUGCUGAGCUCUGAGCCUCAUAACCACAGUGAUGUCCUACUGACCCAGUCCGACCCACUGAUGUCUCAAACCAGUGCCUCCAUUUCCUCUCAGAACUCCCGUCGCAGUGGACAAGCUGGACCCGGGGGGCAAAUGGGAGUCAAGAAGGUCUCAUUGUCUGGAUGGCGUGUGAACGGGGUCUUGGGGUCCACAAGUGAGUCAGACUACCAAAUCCUAAUCAAACCGAAUCAACAGUCUCCAUCCAGGAGCACAUCUAUGCAGCUAAGCUCAUCUGAUUCCUUAUUGUCAGGUUUGAAUGGUAUCAUGCCCUGUGUACAGUCAUCAGCUCAGGAUCGAUUCUCCACUGAUCUUGAUCUUGAGGAUUUCAGCGGUAACCUUGAUUGUGACAUGGACACCAUAAUGCGGAAUGAUCUGAUGGAUGCAGAUGACCUGGAGUUCAGCUUUGAUUCUCAUCUCUUUUUCCAUCAAAAUGCGAAUCUAAAUUCAGGGAGUAUGUCAAAUACCAAACAAACCUCAUCCCAAAGCUGGGUACCAAGCUGAUCAUUUCAGCACAUGGAAUGUAGUGAUGGGGCAGAAUAAAGCUUUAUAAAGUGUCCCAACCUUUUAAUUACUGUCCUACCUACAGGACAUGUAAAAUAAUCUAAAGGUCAGAUGUUUGACUUGCCUUUGAUGAAUUAAUGGUUUGGGCAACACAUGUUGUGCAUUGAGAUAAACAUAGGCUUGUAUAGGAUGAAUUUCAUGAAACUGAUAUGAAGUUUGAUGGUCUACAACGACUGAAUAAAAAAAAAAAAGAUAAACUGGAAAGGUUUUUGAUGUUUUUUAGGUAAUACAAAUGAAGUCCCUUAAUACCUUACUCAUACAACUAGGAUUAGACACGUAUUUUACUGUUACGUUUAAAUUAUGUGUAACCGUAGUUUAGAAGGUGAUUUUCAUAUUGCUGGUACUCGCAUCGAAAGAAACAUCUGAAUUCUGCCAAACUAGUAAUCAUUUAAUAGACCAUUAGUUGGCCUGUUUACACCAUAGACUGGAGAAGGGUACUUUUUUGUUUUCAGAGUUGACAUGGGAAUGUCUUAUGCAGCCUUUAUAUUAUUCUUGUACAUCAGAAAAAGGGAAGAAAAUGAAUUGUAUGAUGUAUUCAUUACUCAUUUCACGGAACAAUGAAAUAAGACCAGCUAAUGAGCUAUUAAAGGUGUUUAAAAUCUUUUCCUUCUCUGCUGAAAUGCAUUAAUGUUUUUUUUAAACUGUCAAGGGGUGCAUUUUAUUAAGUACUUGAUCUUACCAACUGUUCUAUCACCACCUUCCAGACUUCACCUUCCAGACUAAAAUCUUACAGUAGUUUCCUGCGAUGUGUAAACUACAAUGUUUAGCAUAUUUAUUCUAGAAGUAAGAGACUUCACAGAUGGAUACAGACUAUUAGAACAUGAAUUGCCACUACAUUUUGUGUAUAGUUGGAAAACCACCAUUUAUAAGCUUUUAGGAUUACAACGGCACACUUUUAGCAUUUGUACAUAUCGGCACACUCCCUGGUGCUCAGAAGAGCAUUGUUUUUGCUCUUAUGGCAAUAUGCAGCAAGGAUCUUGACUUUGCAUGUGGGAAACAGACCCGUUUUAGUAUUAUACCUGCAUUUAAUGGAAGAUAGUUUGCUUACAUGGGACUGUAUCAUCUAGUUUGUUAAACAUUAAAGCAAAUUAGCUAACAGUGAGAAUAAUUACUGUUUUGUAUGUUUAUAAGUAGUGCCAUUCCGAGACCCCUGUCACUUGGCAAACCUGCAAGUCUAGCUUUAUCAUGGUUGAAUUCAAUUUUUGUACUCACACCUGCUCAAGCACCAAUGUGCAAUAUGUUUUGAAUAAUGUUGAGUUAGGGUGGUCUUCAUUGUUUACAUAAAUCCAUUGUGCUAAUAAAACCAAGAGUAUUGUACAUUGCUGUCCUGAUAAUGGGAUAUUUAUUUUAAAAAAAAUGUGGAAAAUGUAUCCUGAUUUCAUGGUAUUAUUAAGGCAUUAAUAGGAAAUGUGGUGGAAUGCAAAUAAGAAAAGUGAACAGUUUUAUGUUUCACGUGCUCUAUAUACCAUAACUAGCUAUAAUAAAUCUAUUUACCAACAAGAGAGUUGAGUGUUUGCUAGAAUAGCAGUGAGCAUUGGACAAUUUAGGUAGUAGAAUGGGAUGGGCAAGUGCAUGUAAAUAAAGCUUUCCGCAGUAUAA